AUGAGCGCAGAGACAAUUGUUCUUAUUACGGGUGCCAACCAGGGCCUUGGUUUCCACACGGCCAGAGAGCUCCUCCUACUCCCGAAACACCAUGUCAUCGUGGGAAGUCGCAGACCAUCGUCCGGUGAUGCCGCUGUUGAGGCCCUGCGCGCUGUACCGGGCAUCCAGGGAACCGUCUCGACAGUAGCAUUGGAUGUGACCGACCCACGCUCGAUUGCGACCGCCAAAUCCCAUAUUGAGACCACCUUCCAGCGACUAGAUGUCCUCGUAAACAAUGCAGGCAUUUUUAUGGUGCCCAAAGAUAUCAGCCCUUCGGGCGAGUCAUCGAUGGUCAAUGACAGGGCCCUGCAACAUAUCUUCGCAACCAAUGUGGUUGGCGUGGCCUCUGUCACCGAAGCCUUGCUCCCCCUACUUCGUCGUUCCACUUUGCGACCGCGUCUCGUCUUCGUAUCCUCGUCUAUGGCGUCUUUCACUUAUAACAGCGACCCGAGAUCUCCCCACGGCGGCAGCUUCGCUGUUGAGUACCGCGCAAGCAAGGCUGCAAUGAAUAUGCUACUCCUCGAAUACCAUAUGUCUCAGCCAGACAUGACAGUCAUCGGGGCAGAUCCGGGUUUCUGCGCUACCGAGGUCACUGGAGAGGGUGCGGACGCGAUGAGAGCACAGGGCGCUGCCGAGCCGGAGGUUGGCGGUCGAGUGAUCGCCUCGAUCGCGAAGGGCGAUAAGGACAAUCUCCCAGGACGGGUCCACAGUGCACAGGGGGUAGUGCCAUGGUAA